UAUUUACAAGAGCAAGAAAGCCGGGUCCUAAUUGCAAGAGGAACGAGAGUGACAGAAGAAAAGAUAGAGGGUGAACAAGAGAGUAACGUCGAGAGAUAUAGAGCAAAAGACAGAUCGACAGGGACAGACGGAGCGAGUGUGAUAGUAGAGGGAGAGAGCGAGGAAUUGUUAGAGACACAGAGAUAGUGAUUGAGGUAGGGAGAUUAAGCAAACAAGGGAACCAUUGAAAGUGAUAGUGUGAGUAAUAGAAAAAGUAAAGGGAUUAAGAUAGAAUAAUGGUGAUGAAGGAGUAUUAAAAGGUGUGGUGCGUGGAAUUUAGAGAAAAAGUGGUUACUGCAGUUAAAGAAAGAAGGAGGGUAAAGAGAAAGUGUAGAACAGAUUGCUGGAGACCUGCAGAGGGAGCGUGAUCGAGAGAAUGUUGUGGUUCGUUGUGCAUUAGAUAGAGAGUGAGUUAGAGGGAAAACUCUAGUAGAUAAAGAUAUUUGUGGGAGCACAUUAAAUUUUAGACAUAAAUGUGAUUAAAAUGAGACAGGCUUGCUAGAAAGAAGAGAUAAUUUUAGAGAAUCUAUGACAGGUAGGAAAUAUAUCAGAGGUUAUAUGAGAAAUGGUGUACAACACAAUAUUGAAUGAUAUUUAGAAAAUCAUAGAAAGGGGAACAUAAAGUGACAAGUUAUUGAGAAAGUGUAAGAGAUAAAUACACUGUGUCUAAAGAAUAGAGGUAGCAAGAAUGUACAACAGAGAGGAGAAAGACAAAGUGUGCUAGGGAUGUGAAUAUGCAGUUUAUUUGAAUGAUUGAUACCAAAUAGUAUAGAUAAAGAAAAUAAUAUUGACAGUAGUCCACAAUGACAACUCCAGUGGUCCAGGCUCAUCAUAUUUUUGGGUUUCAAAGCUCUGUUGUCAAUAAUGUUUUUUACUUUGAUGAUCAAAGUAUAAUAUUCCCUUCUGGGAGCGGCUGUGUGCGUUACAACAUUGACCAAAAAUGGCAGAAAUUCAUUACAGGUUCUGAAAAAAGCCAAGGAAUAUUGACUCUUGCCUUAAGUCCCAAUCGGCGAUAUCUGGCCGUUUCUGAAAAAGGUGAAAAAGCCAGUGUGAGCAUUUAUGAUAUUCAGCAUGAACAAAGUAGAAAGAGAAAGUCACUUAGUGUGAAUGAUCUCCAUGCCCAAGAGUUCAUCAGUAUUGCCUUCUCGCCAGACUCUAAAUACUUGAUUGCACAGUCUGGACAACCAGAUUGGACCCUGAUUUACUGGUUAUGGAAGAAACAGAAAAUCAUGGGUGUCAUGAAAACUACUACCAAUACCAACCCAAUUUACCAGGUCAGCUUUAACCCUCAAGAUAAUACACAGAUCUGUGUGGUUGGGAAUGGUGUUUUAAAACUGUUGCGAUUUGCUGAUGGAAAUCUCAAACAAACAAAUUUCCAGAAGUUAGAGUUACAGAACUUUCUCACACAUGCCUGGAUGUCCGAUGACCGCAUCAUUGUUGGCACUGAUAAGGGAAAACUUUAUCUUUUUGAGUUGGCAGAGCUGCGCUGGGAAGGCAAAAUCACGCUGGAGGACAGCCAAUCAACCUCCCUUCCAGCCCCUAUACCCAAGAUUACAGCAAUGACAUUAUAUUCCAAAGGCUUCAUUUGCUCUCCUGGACCUGCUGUGGUGUAUAUGUUUGAAAAAGGAGAGGAGGGGGAUACCUUCAAGAAAACCAGAGUCUUUAAAAUUCCACAAGAUCCGUUCAGCACAGAUCCAACCCAAGCAGAACAACAGGAAAUUUUAACUCUGUGUCUUAGCCCUUCAGAAGAGACUCUAAUUGCCAGCACCAAUAAGAAUCAGCUGUAUAGUCUCCCGUUAUCUUAUGGAGAAAUGAGCAAGGGAGAAAUACCACAGUUUGAAAUUCUUUCACAAUCCUUCCAUUCCAACAUAAUCACGGGUCUGGAUGUCUGUAUUCGAAAACCUCUCGUUGUCACCAGCUCUAUAGAUCGAUCUGUUCGCUUGUGGAACUAUGAAACUAAUGGUUUGGAGCUUUAUAAGGAGUUCCAGGAAGAGGCAUACAGUGUUGCUUUGCACCCAUUUGGUCUAUUUAUUCUUGUUGGAUUUUCUGACAAACUACGGCUUAUGAAUCUUCUAAUUGAUGAUAUCCGAUCUUUCAGAGAAUUCACAAUUCGAAGCUGUCGCGAGUGUUCCUUCAGCCAUGGUGGACACCUAUUUGCUGUUGUAAAUGGAAAUGUUAUUCAUAUUUAUUCCACAACCACAUUUGAAACCCUGAUUAAUCUUAAAGGCCAUAAUGGAAAGAUUCGUGCUAUUGCCUGGAAUUCAGAUGACAGUAAAUUGGUUUCCUGCGGUAUGGAUGGUGCAGUAUAUGAAUGGAAUACACUGACUGGGAAGCGAGAAUCUGAAUGUGUACUGAAGACUUGCAGUUACACUGGCAUUAGUAUCUCACCUGAUGGGAAAUGCAUAUUUGCAGUUGGAUCUGAUCGAACUUUGAAAGAAAUUGCUGACUCCCAGAUUAUUCAUGAAUUUCCAUCAAAUGAUGUUGCAUAUACCUCCAUUGUUUUAUCACGUUCUGGGCGGAUGUUGUUUGUUGGCACUGCCAAUGGAACAGUACGAAGUAUGAAAGUCCCACUACCUAUAAAGCAGGAAUGGAAUGAAUAUGAGGCACACAGUGGGCCAAUUACUAAGAUGGCCAUUACUAAUGAUGACCAGUACUUGCUGACGGUUUCAGAAGAUUCAUGUCUUAUGAUCUGGAAGAUUACUGAUAAAGAGGGAAGGGUGCUGAAACAAGAUAAGGGACUUGGUCAUUCAGAAGAAAUCCUGAUCACAAAGUCAGAUUUGCUAGAGAAGAAUCAAUUAACUGUGGAGUUGAAAAGCCGUGUUGAGGAACUGAAGAUGGAGAAUGAAUAUCAACUCAGACUGAAGGACAUGAAUUAUAAUGACAAAAUCAAAGAAUUAACUGAGAAAUUUAUUCAGGAAAUGGAAGUUCUGAAAACAAAAAAUCAGGUUCUGAAGACUGACAAAGAUAAGGUUGAGAUAAAACAUAAGGAGAAUACAGUGAUGAUCCUGGAUAAACACUCCAAAGAAAUUGAGGAGUUAGAAACAAUGAACAAUCAGAAAUUAAUGUUGGAAUAUGAAAAAUACCAGGAGCUACAAAUCAAAUCCCAACGAAUGCAGGAAGAUUAUGAAAGACAAUUGAGUGAAAUGGAUGAGAGUAAGACCCAAGCAUUAGAGGAGCUGACAGAGUACUAUGAGACCAAACUACAGGAGAGGGGCUCACUUAUUACACAGUUGCAGGAUGACUCCAGGCAGCAGAUUAAAGAGUCUGAUGAAACAAAGAAACAAAUAGAGGAGGAUUGUGACCGAGAAAUUCAGGACAUUAAAAUUAAAUAUGAACGGGAUUUGAGGGAUGAGAAGGAGGCAAAUCUCCGACUGAAAGGAGAAACAGGAAUCAUGAGAAAAAAGUUUACCAGCUUUCAAAAGGAAAUUGAAGACAGACAGGGAGAAAUUGAGAAACUGAAGGCAGAACAUCUCAAGUUACAUGGAGUCAUCAAAUCUCUAGAGAAAGAUAUCCAAGGAUUGAAGAAAGAAAUCUUAGAAAGGGAUGAGACGAUACAGGACAAGGAGAAGCGCAUCUAUGAUCUCAAGAAGAAGAAUCAAGAACUGGAGAAAUUUAAAUUUGUUCUUGAUUACAAGAUUAAGGAGUUAAAACAGCAGAUUGAGCCACGAGAAAAUGACAUAAAAGAGAUGAAAGAGCAAAUUCAGCAAAUGGAAAAUGAGUUGGAAUUAUUCCAUAAGCAUAAUACACAACUGGAACUUAAUAUUGGAGAGCUCAAACAGAAGCUGAAAGCAACAGAGGCAGAGAUGCGUAAAGAAAUGGAGAAGGUGCAUCGUGUUGAAUCUGUUGUCAAACAUUUUAAGACUGAUGUGUACAACUGCGUGGGGUUUAUCCAAGAUCCAAAAAAACUGAAGGAAAGUGUGCAACAAUUGUAUGAGAAAUAUGUACCCCAGACAGAUGUGUUUGAUAUUGCAGCCAUUGAUUUAGACAUUCAGCAAGAAUUUGGACGACAAAGAAACCAUCUGGAAAAAAGCAUUGCAACACUUCAGAAAAAACUAUUGACAGAUGCAGAAAUUCACCGUACUGACAAUGUCCGUAUCAUGCAGGAAAAUGUUGCUUUAAUUAAGGAGAUAAAUGAUCUGAGGCAGGAACUGAAGAUUUCUCGAAUCAAGGUACAUGAUUUGGAAGUAACUCUUGGAACUUUGAAGAAGACCAAGAAACCAUGUGUUGUUGACUUUAAAGACAAUUGUUCAAGAAAUGGUAGAGUUACACGCCUUAAUUUCGACCAGGAGUCAGAACGGAUCAUUGAACUACAGCGACUGGAAAUUAAGCAACUUCGAGAAAAAAUUCAGACAGUAGAGGAACACCAACAACAGCCUGGAAUAGUGUUACCUGCACUGAAUGUCUUAUAAACAUUUGAGAAACCAGUGCAGCAUUUUCUUUUGUGUGUAAACUGGCACAAAACUUACAAUGCACAAUGCUUAAUAUUAAACUUGUCAAUUUUGAAAACUCUUUAAAUCCAUUCUGUUUCAAAGCAAUAGUGAUCUGUACUUUAAUAUUACACUAUUAACUUGUUCAUUAUAUUCAUUUCAUUAAGCAAAAUAUUUUCCUGUACAGUGAGAUGCAUGACAUUAACUUGUUUUUUUCAUUUUAACCAGAUUGGAUUUUGCCUUUUUAAUGUUCAGUUAAAGAAUUUCUAUGUUUGUGAUGAGAGAAUAGAAAAAACUGUUUAUUACUCAAUUAUCAUAGAACAACUGGGUGCAGCACAAAUUAUAAUUCUGAAAUUUAAAUGUCAAUUGGUGUUAACAAAUUAAAGGAACUAUUGUCUUCAUAUUUUCAUGCUUCUG